AUGACGUGGUCCAGAAACGUUAAAUUUCAGAAAUCCAGCGCCGGAGACGUCGCGAUGCGAGCCUCGCGCGCUCGAUCUCUCGCCGCACGCGUACGUCGCGCACGCACACACGCGUGAGCAAUUCAAUUAAGGAAGCGCGGACGUGCGUGCCCGUUCGCUCGCGUGCGCCCGAGCCCGAGAUAAUUUACGCCGUACUCCUCCCCAUGGGAUGAAUGAACGUGACCCACGCAUUUUUUCCUCCCGCUCGGGUCACGACGCAGAGAGAAGAGGAAGGAAGAAGAGCGGCAGAGAAAGAGGGGACGAGCGAAGGACUAAGGAGACAAAUGAGGCUGUGUGUAUGUGUAUGAAUUGUGCGUUUUAAAGCGACCGAUAAGGCCGAUCUGUCGUGAUAUCGAGCGCCGAAGAGGGAUCCCAAAAAUUCGCAUCUCGCUUUACCUUCGCGGCGAAAAUCGAAUCUGUGACUGCCAGGCGACAUCCACUUCGUAAUCGCGUGUGUUGCGCACGCGAACGAUGUGUCAUUCAUCAAGGUAAUGAAGAACAAAGAAAACAACGACGUAUUGCGCACUGAUCCUCCGCGAAGAUCGCAGCGCAUCUUCAAGUGAUAAAAUCCUCCAGCGUCUUUUCUACCAUAUAAUACAUAUAAAAAAGAUAUAAGAGUGUGGUAUUACGAUACGUUAGACUUCCGGACUCACUCGCGGUUUUAUUUACGCGCGAGGAUUGAGCGUAUCGGCGCGUAUCGGUCCCUGAUUUCCCGCGCGGAAGCGUCUCGCGAGUUCACACGAGUGAGACAGUAAAAUCGUCACAGUCGUGAUAGAAGAGAGAGAUGAGCCGAGGGCAUCUGCUCAGCGUGACACACGCCAGCGGUCUCUCCCCCCCGCGAUGCGGAUAGAUGCGACGUGGGAGGAUCGUUAUCGGACGGGUAAUAAGGUCGAGAGCAAUUGAACUCUUGGCGCGGCGUCGGUGGAUUUCGUCGUUGAUCCAGAAGAGCGGACGACGUCGCCUUCCGUCGGCCAUGGAGAAGAAGAGUGGAGGAGAGGCGCGGCCGAAGAUCGAGAUCGUACGGGUCUCGUCCAUCGAACGCAGCCACUUCCGACCGCUGGACGGGGUGCAGCUACGCGCGACCUACAGCCACGUGCGAAUGGGCACUUACUGCCCGGAACCGGAAGCGGCCGCCGGCGGACCAACGGAGAACAAGCCCCCCGCGCCGAUCGAACAGACGCGACGCUUCAAGAAAAAUUUGGGACCAGUAUCAAGACUGCUGAGACGUCGUCAUAACGCGACAUGCCUUGCCACCAAAUCCUGUGAUAACAUUUAUAGCGUGAAUAGGAAUAGUAAUUCUCUGGACUGGAGAGUCAACCAGAACGCCAACGAACAAGAUCUACAAGCCAGACAAAGCAGCAGCCUGGACUGGAGAGUAGGAAGAUCCGUCACUUUCAGCUCCAACCAGCUCCACUGGGGAAAUGCGACGCGAAGCGCCGAACAGCUUUCCAGAAGUACGCCUCUCACUUCCGAUCAUCUUCAGACACCGAGCACGAGAUCGAAACUUGUGUCGCUAUUGAGACGACUAUCCCCGCGCCUGUCCCGACCCGGAAGCAAGGGUUCACUGCAGUCGUCGCCGACAAUUUGCCCCUGGGUCCAAGUCGAAUACUCGACGGAAUCGAUCGAAGGAAGCAAACGAGAGGAGUCACAAGAGAACGAUGCCAGCUUCCAGCAGGAAUUGCAGUUGAACGAACUGCGGAAACGGAUGGCCGGGAUUGCCUCCACGUCCCAGAUCACGAUGAAGGUCACUAUUAAGGAUGGCACGGGACAACAGAAUCUGCCGCGACCCAGGAUUCAAGUGCAGGAACCCGAAACCGAAUGUAACCACCGGAACGUCCACACAGCUGUGCACGAGGAUCGCGUGGACGAAGAACGGCAGCCUCGGCGCGGCGGUGGCGAGGUGGCGGGUUUGGAGGACUCCUGUACCGCGACGGUGACGUCGUCGGUACCUGGAGCCGGUGGCAUCCGUUCGCAUCGACGCACUAGACCGCUCUCCCUGGCAGUGCAACCUCUCAACUAUCAUCGCCUCGACCCGGAUCCCCGACCGCCAGCGCAGAUCGCCACCAGGCAUCACCCCAACAUGACCAGCCAGGAGAGCAUCGGCAGCUGCAGCCUGGACGUCGACCGCUCUGCGUCCGACCGAUCAGAGAACACCGUGGACUCCGUGUCCGAAAAGACUCUGCACAGUCUGAACCUAUCGUGCAACGGUGAACCGGUGUCGCCAUCCGAGAAAUUGGCAAACGGCAGCAGUGAGACAUUGCAGAAGUCACACCUUACUCCCGAUGAGAAGAAGCUAAACGCCAACAAUGUUCAUCACGGUAGCCCCGAACCAGAGCUAACGACAGCGAAGAAGCCUAGUUACUUGGGAUUGGCGUGCAGUAUAAGCGGCUACUCGGGCAUCACCAGGUACGACAGUAAAUUGAGGGAAGGAUUCCGCUCGAGAGACAGCAGCCCUGGCACGAGAUUGAUCACGAGAGACACGAGUCCGGCAGGUUUCAGAUCCAACGAGAAUCUCAACGUUCCGACGCCUCAAUAUCCACCUAAAAGCCAAUCGAUAUCGCCGUUAGCAAUGGAAAGGCAAAACGGAUUCACGAACGGCGUGAAGGAAGAGUGCAAAAUUGAGACAUACAUGGAGAGCAGAAAUUCGAUCAGUAUGGCAUGCCAAGGCUACUCGGAAAUCGAUAAAGCAAUAUCGUUGCACGCAACGUUUCCCGAACUCAGUCCCAUCAGGAUGAGCAGUGCAGCUAACAAACGAAGUCCCGGAUUGUCGCCAAUAAUGUCAUGCGGACAACAGAACAAGUCUAUGGGGACAGAUUUCUCUACUCCGAAACAAGGCGUCACUAAUCUUUCAGGUGCAUCGUUUACUAAUAUUCUAAACGGCUCGUCAAUAGAAGUUGAGAAUCAAGUGUUAAACACUUCGUCGAGCAGCGAGAAAUCCUUUAUUCAACAACGAGUGGAGCGGUUGUACGGUCCAGGUGCUCUAGCGCAGGGUUUCUUCUUCAAACGCAGCAUCACUAAGCUAAACAUUAGUGACAGUAGUUUCAAUAAAUCCAGUAAUAACAAUGACAUUUCGACAGACAACGCGAACACGGAGGAAUCGUUAAAAAAUUUGCCUGUACUGCGACAUUUGCGCCCGGAAUUUCGAGCACAGCUCCCUGUAGUCAGUAGUAGAAAACCCACAGACGGCACGGAACAAGUAAUAAAGCCAUUACAAAGGAUAACGCCAACACGGAAAACCGACCAGAUGAGUUCUCAAACUAUAAAUUCACAGACCAGUGUAAUAAGAAGGAUUCCGAUUACUAUAGAAGGUGAUAUACCGCAACGUGAUACGACUAGUAAAAACAUACCUGAUCAGCAACCAGCCGCGCCGAAAGUAGUGUUACCUGUAUUAGAACCUAGCGCCAGCUCGACGAACAUAGCGAAACAAGUUCAAGAAGCGGAAAAAGUAGUUGAAGAGAAAGAUGGUCAUUAUUUUAUGAAGUUGUUGAAACAAGAGACAGAUAGACUGCUAUCGUUGGCCGCAUCUGCAGAGGCCGAAUUAGCCAGCGGCGAUACUGUUGCACUGCCAGAAGAGGCUGCUGGUAAGCUGCGAUCUGCCGCAGGCAAAGCUAGAUUGUUAACCUCGCAAAAGAUGCAGCAGUUUGAAGGAUUAUGUCAAAAGAAUAUCAAUCAGGUGCCAGACGAAGAAUUUCCAACGACAAACGAAGACUUGGCUGGCUUCUGGGACAUGGUGAUGCUACAGGUUGUUCAAGUAAACGAACUCUUCGACCAGAUAGAGAAAUUAAGGAAGUCGCAAUGGCAAGAGGUCGUACCAGAUAAGAAAGCCUCGCAACAGAACGGUAAACGUCGAGUCAUACCAGUCCACAAAGCGAAACCGACUGCGAACAGCGAGGCGAACAAAAAGGCGCGUGAGGCGAGGGAGCAGGCACGACGACAAAUGAUCGAAGAACGGAGACGAGCGAUGCGCUCCAACGCGCAGAAUGUCGACAAUUCCGUUGAGAUCUUUGCUCCUGAAACGUAACGAUAAAUUGAGUCCGAGUUUGACCAAACAAUACUAUAGCUCGUCAUUGCGGCCCCUAAGAAAUAUUAGAGUACAUAGACCGUCAGUUCGAACGUGAAAAUAAAAAGGAAGAAAGAGCUUAGCUCGUAUACGAGACGGUAACGCAGUCAGCUUCGGCAAAAAAUCAAAUUCGCGCUUGUUAUAUAAUUAUUCAUUCAAAAUAUUAUCCUUUGCUGCGUACGCGCGUGAAUUACACGUGAGUUAAGCACGGCGAGGAACAGGAAAGUAUUAAGCAGAUAGAUUAUGUAAUAUGUGUUGAAAUUGCUAAAAAUUUAAUACUACUGCAAAUAAGAAAGAGAAUAUACACACACGUUAACGAGGGCAGGCGUUUACGUUUUGCAGAAAUUUCUUUUUUUUUUUAUCGCGAGCUUCGACGCGUCAUGCAUUAUUCUGAGCAUUCUAGCGCAAUAACGCGACACGAUGACUAUGUGUUGCCUCUUGUCCAUAGAGAUAUUUUAUAAACGAAAGGUGGAAACAUUUACUGUAGCACUUUAUCAAAUUGUUUUUCUACGUUACAUGUCUCUGGAUGGACAUUAUUAACUUAUAUUUAUAUAAAUAGUAAUAAGUUGCGUGUGUGCUGCAAAAGUUAGCAACUGAAGAAGGUAUGUGGUCCCGCAAGAAUCCUUUAGUGGAAAUCAGUCGCAUUUUUAAAAUCAAGAGAUGUGGCGCGUCUAGGUUAAGGAUAAAGAAAUGAAUUUGAGAAUUUGUAACAUAUAUAUUGACUUGAUAUUAUAUAAUACUUUCUGGCAAGAAAAUGCAUUAUUUACUAAUUUAUUCAAGAUAGAUUCCAUUUUGAUAAUUCGUAAUUUCCUUAACCUAGACAGGCAAUUUAUUACGUAGCUUAUGUAUGUAAAUAGAAUUAAUAAAUAUUCACAUUUGCACAAGGCUGACUCUACGCCAAGUGUUUGCCUAAUAGCUUUUUCUAUCAGACGUCGAUAAAGUUUCCCCCGUUGAGAAGUAUCAACAGCAGUUAGGAGUAAAAGGAUUCCUAUUAUUCUUAUUAUCGUAUAUAUAUUGCGCGUCUCAUGCCGAUAAAUAUUAUUUUAUUAUUGUUCUAAUAAUGAUUACGUGUAAUUACAUCCUCACGUCUCCUGCGUAAAACAUGGACAUAUAAAUUAAUUCCGUUCUCUUUAGAAAGAAAAUUCUGUUCUCAAUAAUAGUAUGUUUCCAGAUUUCGCGUGCGAGACUCAUCGCGCCACUCGAUAGCUGACAUACUUUUUGAGAUUCUUUGUAAGAUGAUUAUAUUUAAUGAUUUAUUGAAUAUUGCAUAUAACUCGGAACAUUUAUCGAGAAAAAAAAGAGAAAGGGAGAGAGAGGUAUAUCGGAUGCGAAUGCGUGGCAAAUGCUGAUAAUAUCUUUAUCUUAUUAUCGUGACGGAUCUCCGCGACGAGAAUCCGACUGUGAUCGACGUAUGUGUCACAUCCGCCGAAUUUGACAUUCCUGCGACAAGAGUAUCUCUCGUCACGACACCAUACACUUUUCUUCGCGUAAUUGUACGUUACUCCUCGGCGUCCAAUCAAUGGUCAGCGGUUCUAACGGCAAGUCAUCAACCAAAUAACUCUCAUACUCUAAGUAAAUAAUCACACGCUCGUCAUCACACACGAACUGUAAUCGCGAUUUUGUUAUAAUGUUAUAUUUCUUAUUAUAAUUGCCAAUUACACUCGUCUUAUUCGAAAUUUUCAUACAAAUUCCCGGAUAAUUUAUUAAUUGUUAAUUCCCUUGGUGCCUUCAUUAUUUAUAUAUGUGU